UCCAAGAAUUACAUUUUAAUAGUGAAUUUAGAAGUUACUGUAUAAAUAAAUAAUGGCGGAAAUAGGCAAUGAAAAAGAUAGAAAAUUCAAAACAGACUCUAUUGAUCGCUCUAAGAUUCAGUGUUGUAAGAAUUGUGGAUAUUUAUGUGAACCAUAUAAUAAACCAGCAUUAUGUUGUAAUGAAUGUUCAACAAAGAUUCAUAUAGACUGUUUAAAACGGGGAAGUGUUCCAUUAUCAUUUGUAGGUGAUGUAUUCUUUGAUUUGACUUGCUCCCAUUGCAGUCCUUUUGGUGAAGAAACAGUAGCACGUAAUAGAAUGCCUUGGCUUAAUGUGAUUGUAUUAACAUUGUAUAAUUUACGUGAAAAGUCAAGUGGUAUCAGUAAAAGAGGAUACUUUCAUUGGAAAUCUGACAUUAGCACAUUUGUUGACCGUAAUUGGGAUUAUUUAUUUAAGAAGACAGUUAAAAGAAAAAAGAAUUGGAUUGGUACAAUAUCUGGAACUCUUUCUCAUUAUAGUGGAAUCUUUUUCAAAUCAGGAACAACAGAAUUAGGAGAAUCUGGAUGGUGGAGGCUAAUAGAUAAUGAUCCACCUGAAGUCCUUAUUGCUAAAAAUGAAAAAAUGAUAUUGGAUCGUAAAAAACAUGUUGGUAAUCAGGCAAAAACAGCAAGUAAAUUGCAUGAUAGUCCAACACCAUCAGAAUCAAGUAUUUCAGUUGGAGAGGAUAAUAGUUAUGGAAAUGGACCAGUAAAAACUCAAGAAUGCUCUACAUAUUCACAAACAUAUGUUCAACCUGAUAAAACAUUAUUUGAUCUUUUACUCGAGGAGGAUGAGUUAAACAAUAUGGAGAUAGAAGAUGAUAUAAUGUCUACUGAACAGAGUGACACUCCAUCAUUGUCUGAUUUAAUAAGAGACUGUCAAUAUCAAACUAAUAAUUUCCACUUUUCGCAAUUAUUAGAUGAUUUUACAUCCGAAUGGACAACUACUACAGAUAUCGUAUCAGAAAAUCUUGGUAUUAAAAUAGAUCAAAUGAAGGAAGAUGAAGAAGAAGAACAAUAUGAAGAAGAUAGUAAUGAUAGUUUAAGUUCUGUGCAAGAACAGCCACCUGUUUCUUUAUUUAAGACUACACAACGACGUCCAUGGCCUUGGCAAAGAAAUCAUAUAACUAGAGAAAAGAUUCCACGUAUGACACAUCAAGAAGAAGCAUACUUAUUACAACAAGUUAAUAAGUCAAUUCUUAAUUCUGCGACUCCAGAGAUCAGACGAUUUUAUAGAAAACUGACUGUACGGAAAUUGAAACGUGAAUAUGGUUUACCAUUAUUGGAUAUUGAUAAUUUUGGUUGCAAAGCAGAAAUACUUGACAAACCUCUAAAAGAUUCUGGCAGAGUUUUGGACCGAUUUUUUGGCGAUGAUCUAGGUUCGUUUGAGCAAAGGUUACAGGGAUAUAACGAACCUACAUCUGUGCAUAGUCCAUAUACAAAUAGACUUUUGAAACCAUUUAUAAGAAGAGACACUUCAUGUCGUCCUUUAUGGUUGAAAGUAAUGGAGGAGCUUCGCUUUAAAGUCAAUAAAUCAAAUUCUAAAUGGAAAGCACCACUAACAGCACCAAUUGACUAUUCUUAUGUGAGACCGCAACACAUUCCCGCGAUUAACAGUUUAUGUAGUCAAUUUUUUUGGCCUGGAAUUGAUUUGACAGAAUGUCUUCAAUAUCCUGACUUUAGCUGUGUAGUUUUGUAUAAAAAAUUAGUCAUAGGAUUUGCUAUUUUAGUACCCGAUGUUGGUUAUAAUGAAGCUUACAUAUCAUUCUUUUUAACUCGUCCAGAGUGGCGUAGAUCUGGUAUAGGAACGUUUAUGCUUUAUCACCUAAUUCAAACAUGUAUGGGCAAAGAUGUUACAUUACAUGUUUCAGCUACUAAUCCAGCAUUAAUAUUAUAUCAGAAAUUUGGUUUCAAAGUGGAAGAAUUUGUUCAAGAUUUUUAUGACAAAUAUAUGCCACCAAAUUCACGAGAAUGCAAACAUGCGCUGUUCUUACGACUGAGUAGGUAA